AUGUCUGGUGGUGUUAAUCCCACUGUUCGCCUCAGCGCCACCGCUGGUGGAGGCACUGGCACCGCAGGCAACAAUGAGCAGGCGCCACAGCCGAGUGAUGCCUCAGUGUCCAAACCGCAACCGAUAAUGUCACGCGCCGCACGGAGACGUGCAAAGAAACCACCGGUUAUUGUAACCCCUCAAAUGCGGGAAGACGCACGGGAGAGGUUGAGGGAGCUACGGAAGUACCACCGGUUGCUGAAAUCUAACGGAGCGCGCCGGAAGUUGGCGAAGCUUCGCGCACAGAAGCGCCAAAGGGAUGUGAACCCCGUGGAUGAGGUCUGCGCCCGUUUCGACACCGACUGUAGACCGCGAAAGAAGAGUCGGCGUGAGUAA